AGCCUUUAAAUGUGCACAAAAACUUCUUCCUCGUUAAAACUCUAUCUAUUGUCUCUUUGCUUUUCUUUCUUUGGAAAAAAAAAAGAAGAAGAAAAUGUGCAAGCCGACAAGUCCACCAUUCACCUGCAAAUGCGAGGCAUACGGAGAAACAAAUUUCCUCUCCAUUAAAGUCCCUGAAGAAGCCGACAUGUCUACCCCUUUGAUACCCAAAAGCCAAACACAGAUUAAUUAUGAGGAUACUUAUCCCCACAUAACCAACAACGAAAUAGCUUGUACACAUCUUUCCCUUGUUAUCAAUGAAGCUAAAUCCAUUGGUAAUAUCGCUUUUCCCAUGAUUCUCACUGGCCUUUUGCUUUACUCUCGCUCUAUGAUCUCUAUGCUUUUUCUUGGUCGCCUUGGUGGCCUGGCUCUCGCUGGUGGAUCUCUUGCGAUUGGGUUCGCUAACAUUACUGGAUACUCAAUUCUAUCUGGUUUAGCUAUGGGGAUGGAACCCAUUUGCGGGCAAGCUUUUGGAGCCCAGAAGUAUAAUCUUCUUGGGCUUACCUUACAGAGAACUGUUCUUUUGCUAUUAUUAAUUUCAUUCCCAAUUGCUCUGUUUUGGGUUAAUAUGAAGACCAUUCUGCUCUAUUGCGGCCAAGAUGAAGAUAUUGCUAUUGAGGCCCAAUCUUAUUUGUUCUAUGCUCUUCCUGAUUUAUUCGCCCAAUCUUUACUUCAUCCCUUACGAAUUUACCUCAGAACUCAAUCGAUUACUCUGCCUCUGACUUGUUGCGCUAUUUUCGCCAUUCUUCUGCAUAUACCCAUAAAUUUUCUUCUUGUUAUUAAGCUUAAUUUGGGGGUUAGAGGUGUUGCUUUGAGUGGGGUUUGGACUAAUUUUAAUCUAGUAGCUUCGUUAAUUGUAUAUAUUCUUGUUUCUGGUGUAUACAAAAAGACUUGGGAGAAUUUGUCGACGGAGUGUCUCAAAGGAUGGAAAUCGCUAGUGAAUUUAGCGAUCCCAAGCUGCAUUUCAGUCUGUUUGGAAUGGUGGUGGUAUGAGAUUAUGAUUUUGUUAUGUGGCCUUUUGAUCAACCCGAAAGCAACGGUUGCUUCGAUGGGCAUUUUGAUUCAGACGACUUCUUUGAUUUACAUAUUCCCAUCUUCGCUUAGUUUCAGUGUAUCGACGAGGGUGGGGAAUGAGCUCGGAGCAAGGAGACCGGGUAAAGCGAAGAUUGCUGCCAUUGUAGGCCUUGCUGGCAGCUUCAUUUUGGGGCUUACAGCUCUGUUUUUCGCUGUGACGGUGAGGAACGUUUGGGCCAAGAUGUUCACUAAUGACAAAGAGAUAUUGGCGUUAACAUCACUUGUUUUGCCAAUAAUUGGGCUUUGUGAAUUGGGAAACUGUCCACAAACAACUGGCUGUGGGGUUUUGAGAGGAACAGCGAGGCCUAAAGUUGGGGCAAAUAUAAAUUUAGGAUGCUUUUAUAUCGUUGGAAUGCCAGUAGCAGUGGGGCUAAGUUUUUAUGUUGGCUUUGAUUUUCAAGGGUUGUGGCUCGGAUUAUUGGCCGCACAAGCUUCUUGUAUGGUGACUAUGUUGCUUGUUCUGCUUCAUACAGAUUGGGAUUUUGAAGCACUCAGAGCUAAAGAACUAACAGGAACUACAAUUCUUCAUCAAACCAAAGAAAUUCAAGAAAAUACUAGUACUAGUAGUAGUAAUAAGCAACUCAAUGAAAAAAUUUUAUGUUAACAAUUUUAAUCUUUAAUUUUUCCUCCAAUUAAAUUAUGUUCUGUAUAGAGGGGAGGGGGCAGGGGGUUUCAUUGAUAGUUUAAAAAAAUAUUUCAAAACUAAGGCUGAAAAUGAAGCAGUCUCUUUUGGUAAUUCUAGUGAGGUAUAAAGUGGGAAUAUCAGAGGAAAUGACAAAGAGAUUGUAGCUGGAAAAACCAGCCAGAAGAAAAGGUGCAGUUUGUACUCUACCUUAGGAACAUAUGCUAAGGAAACUACUACUACAUCAAAUUCUGUUUAUUUGCUGAUUGUACCA